GUAAGUUGUAGGUUAACUUUUUUUGGCAAUCGUUCAAUAGGUUAACAUAGCCUACCUCGCACUGGGGCUAAAAAAACCAAACAAUACUUAAGAAACAGAAUAAAUCGUAAAACAUCCAUUAUUCAGCCCUGAACCUAGGCAAGCCAAUUUGAAAAAUUCGAUAAAACGAUUAUGCUUUUGCUCACACAGUUUCGUUUCCUGAAAAUCUCGCUGAAAAGGUGAAUAACCCAAAAAUCAAUACCAUAUGAAAUUGCAGCAGUGUAGUAGUAAUACAGAAUUCAGCGUAUUUAGCAACUUUCAACUUGAGAUAAAUUCUCAAAGAAAUAUAAUACUGGUAACUAUGGUAACAAUCACCCUAUCCAACAUCCACCGACACCGAUGUUGUCAGAUUGAAAUAAUACUUCCUUACGAAAACUGUUUCGCGUUUCAAGUGAGAUUCGAGUGAGAUUAUUUUUCUAAAAGUUAAAAUCUAAAUUGUGCAAUAUAUUUAUUAACUUAACUUUGUUUUAAAGCAAUUGUAAACUAUCGGUGAAUAAUUUUUGCAAAUAAUCAUUAGUGAAAAGCUCCGGAAAAUUUAUAAAAUGUGAUGUGUUCGUAUUUUUUUUAUUUGUGGGUGUAGGCGAAAAAGGAUUUAAAAUUGCCAAUAAAAUGCUUAUGAUUUUUCAUACUAAAAUUAACCUAGCUAAAUUUUUACACUAAAUUAUAGUUUGUUUUGCGAAAGAGACAAAAAACGGCAACGGUGGAGGAAAGAUUUUCAGCUGGAAUUUGAUUGGUGGUAGGACUUGUGUAAUGCUGGGAAAGAUCGAAAAGAAUUUUUUUACUUUCUUUGUGCAACAUUUCGUUGGAGCAAUAAUCACCCGUUGUUGUCAAUAAUUUAUUUUACUUAUUUUUUUAAAAGCGAAUUGCGUCUUUUAUGAUUUUUUUAAAAGUUAGAAUAUUUUAGUAGAAUUUCUUUAUGUAUUAAAUAAAUAAAGUCAACAACACCAAGUAUUAGAAAAUGAUGAACGAAACUGACGAAUCGCUCAACGAUAAUUUCAAAAUGAAUGAUUCUAGCGAUGAUCUACUUCGAGAAAAAAACGAAGAUUCCAUCGACGUAAUGUUCUGUGCUCCUUUGGCUGAUUUUGAGCACGAAGAAAUAAUCGCAGAGACAAAAUGGGACAAUGCGAAUGAUUUCAUUGAUAUUGAAAAAGUUAUCGAUUUGCCGAAUUCAACAAAUGCUUUUAUUGUUAACACGAAAGGAGCUAAUGUAAUGCAGGAAGCCUACUAUUUGCCUGUUAGUCCGGAUGAUAGCCAGUGUUGGGAAAUACAACGCGAUGAUAAAUUUUUAAUCGAAGCCGACCAAGCCAACUCAUUUGACAUCUACACAGGCGAUUUUUCAGCUCCGAACGUUUUGAGAGUUUCAGUAAUACAAAAAACUCCACAACCUCGCGGUUGCAAAGACACCGAACAGUCGAUUUCUCAAGACUCCAUCACGGUCAGCGACUCUGAAAACUUGACCGAAAGCAUUUGGAAUGAUUACACCAUUUCUCAACUACCUACUUUGGAAAAUAACUUGGAGAAUGUCAUCACCGAAGAUCUCAUGGACACUGACAUAGUGGACGAGCAACUAUUGCAGCAAUGCGAUAAUGCAACUGUUGCCGUUUUGCAGCCCGUUUCAGUAGAUACCGACGAAACAUUGAUGGUUACCUGUCGUUGCUGCAAUAAGAAUUUCACCUUUUAUGAUUUGAAACUACACAUCGCUGAAAAAUCAACAGAAGGGUACUACGGUUGUGAUCGUUGCACGGAGAUUUUCCUACUCAAAGAAGAUUUAAAUAAUCACGUUUUGACUCAUUUGCGAGAAGAUGAUCAUUACGAUUGCGUGCAAUGCGGUAUUAGGCUUCCAAGUCAAGCAGACUUGAUAGAACAUAAAAAAAUUCAUUUACCUUUCCGGUGUAGUUAUUGCAUCGAAGAUUUUGCCGACGUUGCAGAUUUGGAAACGCAUAUUAAUGAAUUACACGCGACUAAAAGAGUGAAAACUGAUACUUCUGCUGAAGUGAACAAUGCCCAGUCUUCCAACAAUAGCACUUCCACUUGUAGCUCAAAAGUAAAAGAAGUCCAGCCUGAAACAGACAAUACAAUCAAAAAAUCUGUCGAAGAAACGAAGCCGGAAACGUCCACCACUACAGCACCUAAAGAGGAAAAAAUCCAAAUACAAUGCCCAAAAUGCAAAGAAAAGUUCAAGUUUGCUGAGGAGGCGGACGUUGAAACGUAUAUCAAAACGCACGUACCGACAACGUAUUACAAAUGUGGCUUUUGUGAUACCAUUGUCACGGAUAAAAACGAAUUUAAUGAGCACAUGAAAAGUCACACACCGGUUGUGGAAGUCAAUAAAGGAAACAAAUUUCCUUAUAAAUGCAGUUAUUGCGAAAAUCUUGCUUUUGAAACGAUUGAGGAACUCACCUCCCAUAUUGAAAUGCAUGUUCCGAGAAGUAUAUUCGUGUGUCCGAAAUGCAAUACGCAAUUCAUUCGUGAAAAUAAGAAGCCAGAAGCUAUACGAAUUAAACCUAUUAGGAAAGAAACCACUAAUAAACUUAAAACUACUCCCAUUUUGGCUCCUGCUGAUAAGGUAAAACUAGUACCUACUAGAGAAAAUUUUAAAUGUAAAACCUGCCUGGCAGUUUUCAAAAAGCAAGAUGAAUUCAAUAAACACGUCAAAACACACAUAAUGCCGGAUACCAAACAAGAAAUAUCAGAUGUUAAAGUUGAUCCUAGUUAUUGUGCGUACUGUAAAUCAGAGUUGUUAUCCAUUGCUGAAAUUAUCGUUCACAUAAGAAAACAUACAGAAGAACGAAAGCUGUACCCUUGCAGUAAUUGCGAUAAAAAGACUUCAAAUGAUCGCAAUCAAAACUCCAAUAAUCGAGGCAAAGAAAAUUUUUGUAAUUAUUGUUUAUCGAAAAUGAAUGGUAAUUUUAGGAUACAUGGUUAAUAAUUUGUUAACUGGCUAGUCUCAGGGAGUUAUAUUUUUAAGCAUUCGGUGUAAAAAAAAAUUAAGGAAAUCAUAUUAUGUUAUAAUGGCUCAUUGCUCAAUAAAUGAUUCAGCAAUAAGUACUUUUAAUGAUUAAAAAUAAAUAAAAUGAUAAAAUUGAUG